AAAGAUCCACUUUCGGAGAAUCCGGGUAGGGUAGGGUAGGGUAGUGUUUUUCUUACAAUCUGGCGAGACCAUUUGUAAAUAGUUGACAAAAUCUGAUUAGGGAGGAAAACAGUUUGCUUGUGUUCAUCCCAGAGAGCAGUAAACUUUUUAUAAAAAAUUUCAGUUGUAAGAAAGUUCCUGAGAAGGCAUAAUCAGCAAGCGAAUUUCACUCCCAAACAGAACCAUGAUUUUGGGCACAUUUGCUGUAGACUUGCUCCGCUGUUUUUUACUCAAUUAUUUGUUGGUAUUCUUGUUUGGCGACAAUUAUGUGCAAUCUUAGUUGUGCUAUCUGAAUAGCCAAUAUUUUUGCAGUGAUUCUAACAAGAAAACAAAAACUGAAUCAAAACCUUUUUGAUUGCUACAUGCCCUCUGUUUUAUUUAGAGCACAAUCUAAGUCUGGCAAUGCUUGUUUCACCUGUGACAGAAUUCUUCAGGAGCCAUUUAACUUCUGUUCUCUUUCAUGCAAGGUUGAUUACAUGGUAUAUCAUGGGGAGGAUUUGUCAAGUAUCCUAUAUAGGUCUGAGGAGUCUGAUUUUUCUGUGUCUCAAUUUGAGAGAUUACACGUGGAUGGCCCUGAACUCCUUGAUGAUGAUGGUCAAAUUACCGCAAACUCCAUCUGGGAGGAGGACCCUUUAGUAUAUAGAGGCUUAACAUGCCCUUAUACAUCCAUGGACAAUUCAGGGAUUUCAAUGGAACCAGAAGUGGUGAAAAAGAAGAAAACGGGCAGUGGAUUUCUCCCUGGCAUUGAGCUCUCCUUGAGUAACAGGAGAAAGGGUGCUCCUCAUAGGUCUCCACUGUCUUGAAAAUGAUUUCUCAAAAUAAUUUACUUGUAGUAGCAGCAGCAGCAGCAUUAUUGUAUCACCUAUUGUAGUACCAAGCACUAUUAGAUUUGUGUCAUUUAUAUUUGUAUGAGUUGUAGCUCCAGUACUUUGGUGGAUUGGAAUUGACUGAAUUUGGCGAUUCCAUUGUUAACCAUAGGUGAUGGUCAAGAGCCUGUAUUCGGAAAAUAAGCUGUUGACCAUUGCCGGUUUUGUUUGUACCUGCUGUAAUGGAAAUUGCCUUGGCAUAUGAUUAGGGUGCUUUUAUGUACCAAUGGUUCUAAUUCUGUACCAUGAAUAAGGUUUUUGAUUCU